AUGGAUUUUUCCAUUUAUGGAAUGGUUGGACAAAACACAGAAAGAUCUAUACUUCAAAAGCCAAGAAAACAUUCCUAUCAUUGCCAUCACAAGUGGACAUAUAAAGAUUACCCAGAGUGUCCAAAGUGGCAUCAGACCGCUCUGAGACUGAUGGGCAUUGUACUUGUUAUAUUGGUGACCACAGUAAUAGGACUAAUCAUUCGGGUAAGUCAACAAAACAUGCAUUCCUUCAGUGAUAACCACAGUGAGCAGAUAUUUAGUAAUGAAAAUGGAACCAAAUAUUGCAGUUGUAUGAAUACUUCUCCUAGAAAACAGCUGAACAAUGCAAACUCCGCAGCAAACUUAUGCCCUGAUGAUUGGCUACACAAAAAAGGGAAAUGUUAUAAAUUUUUCAUGAAUUUCAAAUCAUGGAUCGAUAGCCAAAACUCAUGUUCUCUGAAAAAGUCACAUCUCUUGGUGAUACAAGACAAGGCAGAGCUGGAAUUCAUACAGAGUAAUAUACAAGUUGGAAACCACUUUUGGAUUGGGUUAAACAUUACCCACCCACAGAAGACAUGGACCUGGGUGGAUGGCACACCAUUAAAUCUACAGUUGUCACCAGUUAAAUGUCAUUUGGAGGAAAUACUUCUUUGAACAACUGAUGUUAUGGAAUGGAUGUAGCCAGCAUGUGUGUGAUAGAAGACUCAGGCAGAAUUCUGAGGAACAUCAGUCUGUAAGAGGACAGAAGAGGAAGCAGAGGCUGCAGAGUAAAUUGCAUAGGUUUCAUAUAUAUAUUUUUACAGCUCCCUGCACAUACCUAAUUUUAACAGUCAACAUCCUAAUCAUUUUGGGUUUUGCUUGUUUAGUUGUUCGUAUUUCUUAAUGUGUCAUAAGC